UUUUUUUGGCCAAUCAACAAACAACAGGACGCUCAGCUCCUCCUCUGAGGACCCACGUGAGAGGAGGGGAAACGCAGGGGCGGCUUCUGGGUGCUGCCGCUGCCGCAGUUGUUGCUCCCGCAGCCCGUUACCGCCACAACCACCGCCUUGGAACUCGGGCCUGGGGGGGCGGUGGGGCCUCGCAUGGAGCCCCGCCCCCCGGAGCUGCCGCCGCUACCGCCACCACCGCGCCACACGCAGGUACCUCUGGAAUGGCGUGAGCACUUCCCUAGCGAUGGACUCAUCUGUGACGCUGUGGCAGUUUCUGCUGCAGCUUUUGAGAGAACAAGGUAAUGGCCACAUCAUCUCUUGGACCUCACGGGAUGUUGGUGAAUUUAAGUUAGUGGAUGCAGAGGAGGUGGCCCGUCUAUGGGGGCUGCGCAAGAACAAGACCAACAUGAAUUACGACAAGCUCAGCCGGGCAUUGCAGUACUACUAUGACAAGUUUCUCAGAAAAUUAUCAGCUGAAUAUUCUCAGAAUAUAGGAAAAGUUCCACUGAUGAACAAAAUUUCAGGGUCUCAUUAUGUAGAAAGAGCUGGUUUCAACUUGAGAUCCUUCUGCGUCAGUCUCAUGGGUACUGAAAUUUCAGAUGUGAGCCACCUUACCUGGUGUCUUUAAUAAUCUUCAUGUUGACCUCUUCAGGAGAAACUGUAAAUUAUCUGAAACCAGAGAACUUAACAGCCACUUCAAAUUUCAUCCUUUUGUGACUUUCAAAAGAAGAUGAUAUCUAACCACUUCUAUUUGGACUGUUUCUGUUAAUUUGCUUGGUCUGCAUCAUAGGAAACCUGUUUAUCAUCCUGGCCAUUGGCUCUGACUUCCACCUCUGGACCCCAAUGUAUUUCUUCCUUUGUAACCUAUCUUUCACAAACAUUUGUUUCAUCUCCACCAUAGUUCUCAAGAUGUUAGUGAACAUUGUCCAUCACCUAUGAAGUCUGCCUCACCCAGAUGUAUUUUUUCAUGUUUUUUUUUUUCUGGAUUGGAUAGUUUGUUACUGACAGUAAUGUUCUAAGACCAGUGUGUGGCCAUAUGUCACCCCUUGUGCUACAUAAACCCUCUCCUUUGUGGUCUUCUGCUUCUACUAUCUUGGCUAAUCUGUCUGACCUAUUCAUUGUUACAAACAUUAAUGUCUUUGAGGGUGUGUUUCUGCAAGAAAACAGAAAUCCAUCACUACUUCUGUGAACCUGCUCAGAUUCUCAAGCUUGCUUGCUCAGGUACCCAUGCCAAUGAUGUCUUGCUCUACCAUGGAACAGGUUUGCUAGGUAUUCUUUUCUCUUACUCUAAAUCAUCAACUCCAUAGUGUGCCUUUUAUCUAAAGGGGGGAAAUAUAAAGCCUUUUUUACUUGUGGGUCCCAUCUUUCAGUAGUCUCACUGUUCUAUGGUACAGGCCUUGGUGUCUACCUCACUUCUCAAACAUCCUAUACCUCCAGAGAGUGUUCGGUUACCUCAGUGAUGUAUUCUGUGGUAUUUCUCAUGUUGAACCCCUUCAUCUACAGCCUGAGGAAUAGGGACCUGAGUCAGGCUUUUAGAAGACAUUUUUAUAGCAUUGGAGAGAGAUCCCAGUAUGAUAAUAGAAUAAUGGAUACAUUAAUCUAGGGUAUAAUAAUUAGUGUAUUCCUUAAAAAGUUACGUUCUUCUGAAGUCUUAAGAUACAAAAAAGAAAUACUACUCAUGAAAUGAGUCCACAGCCAAAAAUAAUCAUGGAAACAACUAAAAUUAAUCAUGGGUCACCAGUAACUAUACUUACUAUGCAAACAUUUUCAAGGAUAUAUAUUUGUAAGGAUGGGAGAAUCAAGUAGAAAACACAGCAAGUAAGAGAAAUGAGAUGUAUACAUACACAUCAUUGACUCAGUGUCUCUAAGUCAUUGUUGUCUUCUGCACAAUGCUUGCUGGGCACUUUUUCUUAGGCCUCUGUCUGGAAAAUAAUUUUACUAAGAAUGUCUCAAAAUAACUUCUAUUUUUUCCUACAAAAUGUAAUUACUGAGCCUUGCUAUGGUUAUUAUUAUUAUUAGUCAUGAUGGUGUAGCUCAGUGGCAGAACUCUUGUUUACUGUGUAAGAAACAUGGGCUUGAUAUCCAAUUUCUCAAAAUAAAAGAGCAAAUGGCAGUUA